UUUAUAUUUCUUUAGUUUGACAUUCUAUGCAAUUACAGAUUUAUUUCAUUCGCUUUAAAUAAAAUAAAUUUACCUAACAUAAAAUUGUGUUAUUUGGUUUAAUUAAAAUAUAUAAAAUGUCUUCAAAGCAAACAGCUAAAAAGUAUAAAUGGGCAUUGGAUUUUAGCAAUAUAAAAAAUGGCGAUCUGUCAUCUCCUCCGGGUUACAAUCCGUCGGUACUAGUCAACCAGACCGAAGUGGUGAGGGAUCAACGGCUUGUUAUUAAGAAGUCAUGGGACUUGGCGCUUGGUCCUUUGAAGCAGAUUCCAAUGAAUUUGUUUAUCAUGUAUAUGUCGGGCAGUUCCAUAUCGAUAUUCCCUAUAAUGAUGGUAGGCAUGAUGCUUAUCCGACCACUCAAAGCCAUGUUUUCCACUUCAGUGACUUCUAAAAUGGCAGAAGGCGCCCAGGGAAGUGGCCAGAAACUCGUGUAUUUUUUGGGAAAUAUGGCAAAUGUAGCUGUUGCGUUGUACAAAUGCCAUAGCAUGGGGUUAUUACCAACACAUGCAUCCGACUGGUUGGCAUUUGUAGAACCUCAAACACGUCUUGAGUACUAUGGUGGAGGUGUAUCCUUUAUUUAAGGCAAAUAUAUAACUGUCUCAAAAUUUUGACGACAUAAAAUACAGAA